AUGUCGACGACAACUGUCACCACGACAAGAACGAGUACGUCCACCAGCUCAAUCUCGGUCGUCGCCACAGGGAACACCGCCUCUUUCGCCAAUGAGGGCCUUCGUAUGCGACGAACAAGGCGCAGAUUAUCAGCUCCAUCCUCAAACCAGCCUUCACUGAAAGUCUGCCGCUCUCUAUCAUACUCUCUUGAGGCACUCGACCUUUCCUCUGCAUCACCCUCGCAGACCCUUGCGUCUCUUCGCUUCCUUGUCCUCUCCUACCUUGCGGAUCUCGAACGGCGUUUGAGCGAAUUUGAAUCUCCAAGUUUUGAGGCAUGGAUGCUGCAAGGGGAAUUGACCAUAGAGGAGGCAACACAGUGGGCCCGGACAGCUCUCGAUAUGCUCAAAGGUAUCCGCGAGGAUGUCUGUUCACAUUUGCCAGAACUGCCUUUUGCCGAUCUCUCCUCCAUGGAGGCUUUCGUCAAGUCUCAUCUUCCAGAUAUGCCCGAUGUCCCUAACUUCACAGAAAUGCGCGCACAUUUACCAGAGAUGCCACACCUACCUGACAUGGCAGAGAUGCGCGCACAUUUACCAGAUAUGCCACACCUACCUGACAUGGCAGAGAUGCGUUCUCAUCUGCCCGAUAUGCCGUCGUUACCCGACAUGACGGAAAUGCGUUCGCAUAUGCCCAGUAUCCCUCAUAUGGACGAAGUUCGGUCGCACUUAUCUGAUAUGUGCAACAAACUAGACGACGUUCGUACACGAUUCCACGAAAUAGACUUUCAACGUCCCUUUAGCUACAUUCCUACACUAUCCGACCAUCUAGAAAACCUUCAUUCCCACCUUUCAAGCUUAGACAUGCCAUCAGGGAUACCUACACCUUCUUUCACCCCCAAUACCGUUCUUGCCGACCUCCUUCAGUCCCUGUUGAAUUCAGAUCUUGUCAAAGAUAUUUUGAACUCCACACCAGAAAUUAUUCUAGAGGGGGAGGAUAUGUUGGAGAGAGCAGCUCACGAAGUCGCGGUCGCUGUCAAGCGGUCGUUCGAGGGCGUUCGACUUAUCAAAUAUUCCGACCUGCCAUAUCCAUGGAGGAACAACCCCUUUGUUGCACAUGGAUAUCGAUUCAUACCCAUUGAAAAAUGGCCUCUCAUCCUUAUGUCAGUGUUUACAUGCCAUAACGAAACCUUAAAUAUCCAUACUCACCUAGUACCAUUCCUUCUAUGGGGAGUAAAUCUUCUCCCUCUAAUCUGGAACACGCAUGAAUACGAUACUCCUGAACUGUUAUUCAUGGCCUUUGCUCUGCUUUGUCUGGCGAGCAGCGCUAUCUGGCACACGAUGUCAGGCUGCGCUGAUCAUCGUAGCAUGGAGUUCUGCGCCCGGGUUGAUUAUGUUGGCAUCGGAUGGCUCAUAAGCGCUAGCGUAGGGACAAUUGUUCACUACGGAUUCAGCGACUGUCAUCCAAAUGUCGGGCGUGCUUUCCUUGGCUUAUGUUUAACAACAGGUAUAGCCGGCAACAUUUUCCCCUUCAUGAAUUGGUUCAAUCAACACAAGUACCGAUUCUAUCGUAUUGGGUUUUUCCUCACCCUUUCUUUCUCUGCUAUUGGACCGAUGGUUGCACUUUCCAUCUUGCAUUCCAGGGCGGAGAUGUUGGCUUUCGUUUCUCCGGUCUUCCCAUCUCUGGCGUCAUACUUAAUUGGACUUGCUUUCUAUGCUGCCCACUUCCCCGAGCGCGUGAUCCCUCCAAACAUCCAGCGGAAAUUAGACACCAUCGGUGGCGGUUCUCAUGCAAUCUGGCACUGCUUCAUUGUCCUUGCCGUCAGCCAGCAUAAAACCGCCAUGGACCACAUGAAGAACGGUGUCCAAUGUAUGAUAUCAAAUGCAAGUGCUUAG